AUGGCCGCCUUUGACUGUCUCGAAAAAAAAACAAAAGCAUACCUCGUGCGAGAUAAAGGCACGCAAGAAGGUUCCCCUUUAAAUUAUCUAGUCAAUGCGACAAUUGACACAGCGCAGCCCGCAAUAAAUUGUCACACGGUUGCGACUUACUUCCUGGAUGGUAAUUCAACAAACACGAUUACGAGUGCGACACCGUGUUCGACACUUGUCCGAGCUCUGCAGGUAGGGUUUCUACUACUCGUAGUGUUGUUCGGCGUCUGUCGGCCAGAGACUUGGCGCUAUCCUACGCCGGGUCCGGAUGGAAACGUUGGUCAACCCGAAAACUGGGGAGGAAGCUGCGAUCUUGGCCGGCGGCAGUCGCCCAUUGACAUCACCUACAAGGCAUCGGUAAAAGGUGCCUACACGGAAUUUAUCUUUCAAAACUAUGAUAAGCUGUUUGAGGAUGUCUCGCUGGUUAAUACUGGCCAUACGAUUCAGAUCAACCCGUCAGACACUUCCAUAGCCAUCUACGGUGGCGGUCUGCGUAGCAAAUACAUCCUCGAGCAGAUGCAUUUCCACUGGAACUCGGAGCAUACAAUCGAGAGCACACGGUACGCACUGGAACUCCACCUGGUUCAUCGUCACUCUCGGUACGAAUCGAUCUCCGAAGCGUCAGCCGUCAAAGCCGGCAUCGCAGUUCUAGCCGUUUUGUUCUACGUGAACGAACACCCAAAUCUGGCGAUCGAAGCUAUUCUUAAUUCGACCGUGCCAGUAAAAACGAUAAUCGACAAGAAGGUUCCGCUCCGCGGAGAAUUUGCUCUGGAUGACAUGAUGCCCAAGAAUCGUACGGUUUACUUCCGUUACGAUGGUUCGCUGACAACCCCAGUUUGUGCUGAAUCGGUUGUGUGGACGGUGUUCCCCGAAUCCUUACCAAUUUCUAUAGGUCAAGCGGAAAGCUUUAAAACUGUUCACGACUUGGAUGAUAAAGAACUACUGCUGAACUAUCGACCUAUACAACCGCUGAACGCCCGUGCCUUAGUGUUGGUUUCCGAAACGGAAAUCUUAGACAGUGGAUCGAUUCGUACAGCGGCGUCACACGUCUUGAAGCUGAUACUAGGGGCAACCUGGAUGAUGCUUAUAUCCCGUUACCGGAUUUAGAUUUAAAACAAAAAUACUUCCAAUAUUAGACUGAUAUUUAUAGCCGGUUUGGUUUCAUACGUGAAUAAAAACAAAACUGGUGACACGCGUCCCGUGAAUCUAGAUAGAAAAUCAUAAAUUAGUGCAAUAAAAAGUAAUAAAAGCGAAGUACAUCGAUAGAACUGUCUCGCCAUGCAAGACCGACGUAUGUACGUGAUUCGGUCGGUCACUUCAAUAAAAUCAC